AUGCGACUUGUUGUGGUAACUCCCCCAGGUGUCUCCAUUACAGUGAAGGAGAAAGGUGAUAGUAUGUUCCCCUCUCCCCAGAGAACAUAUCUACAGGCACAAACAGGAUGUCUACGUGCAUGUAUGUGUGUGCGUGUGUGCGUGUGUGCGUGUGAGUGUGUGUAUGUGCGCGUGUGUGUGUGUGUGUGUACUGUAGAUUUGUGUGUGCAUGUGGCGCACAGUGCAGUUAGGAGGCCACCCGAUGUGACACAGACACACAGGUACCAAUCGAGGCCAAACUAUAAUGGCCUUUUCAGCCCAGAGAUGCUUUCCUUUCAACUGGAACUUUGCAGCAGACAGAGUAUGAUCUCAAUCUCAAUGUGUGUAAAACAUGUUGUGUUGGCACAAACAGGUGUAUGCUGAAGCAGCUUCUGUCUCGCCCUACUCGUGAUCAAUGAUGUAUAUAGACGUGAAUAAUAUACUGUAUAGGAUGUAGGUAUACGCUCGUGAUAGAGGAGACAAUGUUACUGAGGCACAUUUGCACUAACGGAAUAAACCCACAGGCAUAAAUGCAGGAACCUUGAUUUCCACGUUUGUGUUUAAAUAGCGUUAGUGAAAACUAGACCAUAUGUAGACAGAAUAUAGUGUGUAUGAUGUAUGCAGUAUGUCUUUGAAUAGACCCAUACAACUAACUAACUAACUAACUAACUAACUAACAAACAAACACAUUUCAGUGAGAGUUUAUUCUCAUUGGGUUAGAUCCAUUCUCAUUGGGUUAGAUCCAUUCUCAUUGGGUUAGAUCCAUUCUCAUUGGGUUAUAUCCAUUCUAUGGGUUAAAGAUCAUCUCUUUGGGGUUUAUAUCUUUCUCAUUGGUUAGAUCCAUUUUUUUGGGUUAUACCUUUCUUUGGGGUUUAAAGAUCCUUCUCAUUGGUUAUAUCCAUUCCAUUGGGUUAGAUCCAUUCCUUUGGGGUUAUAUCCAUUCUCAUGGUUAGAUCCAUUCGGGGUUUAGAUCCAUUCUCAUUGGGAGAUAAUUCUCAUUGGUAUAAUCCUUUCUCAUUGGGUUAGAUCAUUCUCAUUGGGUAAAUCCAUUCUCAUUGGUUGAUCCAUUUCAUUGGUUAACCAUUCUCAUUGGGUUAGAUCCAUUCUCAUUGGGUUAGAUCCAUUUUCAUUGGGUUAUAUCCAUUCUCAUUGGGUUGAUCCAUUCUCAUUGGGUUAUAUCCAUUCUCAUUGGGUUAUAUCCACUGCCCUAUAUACUGUAUAAAGUAUUUGUCCUUGGUUAUAUCUGCCAGUAAAUGACAGGGCAUGUGGUUUAUACUGUAGGCCUUGGGUUCAGAAAAUACCUCACUGUGGGAAGAGCAGUAAAGAUAAGCCAUAUUCUUCUAGGUGCAAUAUGGUACGAAUGAUUAAUUCCCUAAAUGUGGGACAAGGACAGGUCAGGGCUCGGGGGAGAGUCUUCCACAAGGGGGGUGUAAUGCAGUACUAUCCACUGUAAUUAUGUCAAAUCUGUCCUGAUUCUUUAUAUGGUAUGACCCCUGUAAAGUGAGAUGGCACACCUCAAGAAGCCCAGUGUUUGAACUUCAGUCUAUAACAGUGUCAAAUGUCGUUGAUUCUACAGAGGGAAAUACAUUUGUGUUAUUCAGAUGGUAUGACUGUAUAAAAUACAGAAUUAAUCUCCCAGACACACACACACACUCUUACACAGUGGUCCAUUGAGAACUUCCACAGGAGGAAAAUCUGUGUGAUGCGCCUGCUGAUGACACAGGACAUGAGAUAUGUUACUGUGGAGACAGUGUAAUGUAAGGGCCUCUGUGGAGAGUCAGGGGGUCAGAGAAGGGGGACAGUUUAUGAAGGUGCACUUUGUUGCUCUUUCUUUAUCUCUGUCUCUCUCUCCUAGCUUCUGUCUCCCCUCUCGUCUCCUCGAGCUCUCGAGGAGAAGCGCUCUGUAGAGGUAGAGAGAGCGAAAGAAAGAGAAAUCUCGCUCUCUCUACUCUCCUCUCUCUCUCACUCUCUCUCUCUCUACUCCUCUCUUCUCUCCUCUCUCUCAUUCCUCGAGCACGGUCUCGGUCCUGCUACGUCCUCUCUCCCCUCCAAAUCCUAUAACAUUGUAUCUGGACAGUGUGGCCAUGGUGACUGAAAUCGGAACUUUCAGAAACCUGAGGAUCUCUGCUCAUCGCUGUCUGGUGAGAUGUCCUUCUUCCUGUUAUAGGAAUCAGAGAGGAUAUAGAAGUGUUAUUCCAGUCCGGCAUCGCAUCACACUGCUCAGCCUGCACUCCACUCUCUCCUCUCAUCAUGAACCUGCUAGUAGUCUGUCUGUGCUAUGUGCUUUUGGAGCUCUUGGCAGUCAAUUGUAAGUAUAGCAUUUUCCUCCUAGUUGUCAUUUUAUUCAUAAAGUGAAUACUUCAUUAUCAUUUAUUCAGGUUUUUAUGUGACUCAGAGUCCAGAGAUAUGCUGAUGAUUUGUGUGUUUAUGUAUGAAUUGCUUUCAAUAAUAUGCAUGAUAAAACGAUGCAUGAUAAAACGAUACAUGAUAAAACGAUGCAAGAUAAAACGAUGCAUGAUAAAACGAUGCAUGAUAAAACGAUGCAUGAUAAAACGAUACAUGAUUAGCAUUGUGUUGUCUUGCUUGCUCAUCUUUGCAUGCUGACUGCCUCCUGAAGUAGAAGCCUGUGUACUCAGCAGUUGUAAUGUUAAACGUAAUGCUCAGGAUCUGGAUAUCUGUUUUAACUUGUUAUAAUGGUAUUAUAAUGGUAUCACGAUCCUUUGAUGUUGAACAGAACAGAAUUUAGAUUAUAAAUUUGAUUGUCAAUAGAAAAUCUAAUCUGAACUCAUAGCGCAGGUUUCUUAAAAAAACAGAUUAAGCCUGGUCCUGGACUAAACAACAUGCCCAAAGGAGAUGUUCUAUUUAACAUGCCUUGUUGUCCGGAACUAGGUAGAAACCGGCCCAUACAGUAUUACCAACAGUAACAAUGACAGUGAUUUCUCCUCUCUCUUCUAUUCUGACCACAGGAAAGUGAGUGUGGCUGAGUGUUGCAUAACCUUGUGAAGGCAAGGCAAGCUCUCUCAGGUUUUACACAGCCCCUGUGAGGUCGAGGAGAGAGGAAACACUAGGAGGAGGGAUGCGUCCCAAACGGCACCCUAUUCCCUUUAUAGUGCACUACUUUUGACUAGGGCCCAUUGGGAUCUGGUCAAAAGUAGUGCGCUAUGUAGGGAAUAGGGUGCCAUUUGGGACACAUCCUAGAGGAGACACUAGAGGACACAGGUAGAAGGUCAGGUCAGACAGGGGUGCCUUUACUCGCCUCUGGAGUCGGAGGUCACAGAACCAGCAACAGUAAUGACUGCUAGCUGAGCCUGGUGAGGUCACCUACCUCAUUCAAAGACACAUCAAUCUUUUGUCUUGCCCAUUCACCCUCUGAAUGGCACAGAUACACAAUCCAUGUCUUACAUUUACAUUUACAUUUUAGUCAUUUAGCAGACGCUCUUAUCCAGAGCCACUUACAGUUAGUGAGUGCAUACAUUUUCAUACAUGUCUUAAUUGUUUCAAGGCUUAAAACUCCUUAUUUAACCAGUCUCCUCCCCUUCAUCUACACUGAUUAAAGUGGAUUUAACAAGUGACAUCAAUAAGGGAUCGUAGCUUUCACCUGGAUUCACCUGGUCAGUCAAUGCCAUGGAAGGAGCAGGUGUUCUUAAUGUUUUGUACACUCAGUGUAUAUUCUAUGUAUUAUACUAUAUAUUAAAAACGCUUAAUAUAUAGUGGGGGGGGUGCAACUCAAUAUGAGGAAGGUGUUCUUAAUGUUUUGUACACUCAGUGUAUAUUAUAACACAUCACAUACACAGUAUAAUACUAUACGUUGUUUCCAUGGCUCCCUGCAGGUCAGAACCUCAUACAGGGCCGUAUAGUCGGAGGCUACGCGCCAGCCCCCAACUCCAUCAAAUACAUUGUAUCCCUACAGACCACCAAGGGACCAGCACUUCUGUGGAGGGUCUCUAGUACACAAGUACUGGGUGCUUACAGCCGCGCACUGUAACAUAGGGUAAGUCAGUCAACAUACUGCGUUAUUAUUACACUGAGGAGAAGUUAGUGUGACUCCCAACACUGUAUCCAUAUGAAUAUGCAUGCAGAUGUUGAAGCGGAUGUCUUUGAAGGUAGGUGUCUCCAGAUCAGAUUAAAAGCGUUAUUAUAACUUGAAUGGGAUCAUGGGGUGCGUCCCAAUAACCUCUCCUUCCUCCUGAAGUGUGCACUUGUUCACCUACUCUCAACAAAUGUAAAAGCACUGUAUUGGUUUAGGCAUGGGCUAAGGGUUGUUUCCAUAUACCAGUCAUUUCCUCUAAAAUUCAAGUGUCACGUUUUAUAUUGUCACGUGCACUAGUACAGUGAAAUGCCUUUCUUGCCUGCUCUUUCCCAACACUGCAGUAGUAUGAUCAAAAAUACAUUUUAAAAAGUCAAGCAGAACAAAAACACACAAGAAAUAGAAAUAACAGUUUAUUACUGGCCACCCCAUUCCAAAACAGACUGCAACUCUUUGUUAAGGGUUUCAGUGACUUCAUUAGCUGUUUUGUUCCUGAUGCGUAUAUGGUUGAAUCAUCAGCAUGCAUGGACACACAUGCUUUGUUUAAUGCCAGUGGUCAGUCCUGGCAUCCAUAGUGUAGUCUAUGGAUUUGAGAGUAGUUGCAUUUCUCCAGCCCCAUCCCUCAGCUUUUUACUGAAGCUGUGGCGGGGAAACGCUUUGUUAACGUUUCAAUUAAGAAUUGCUGCUUUAAACACCUUUAAUAGAGUAAUAGUGAGUGAGUUACUUUUGUGCCAUUAAUAUCAAGCAAAACUUCUGAAGUCGAGAACAAAAUUAUUUGUACUGCAAACAAAAAUAAUGACAUUGAAAGCAAAACGUAAAACCCAAAAAGUAUUGAUAGCAAAACAAAAUAUUGCCAGGAAAUAUUUUCGAAAUGUGAGAUCAAAUGAAUUGUAAAUGGAUACCAAAAAUAUUUUCAGUGAAAAAUGUCUUAUGACAACAUGAUAAAAUAAAACGUCUCCCUCUUUCCUGCUACUUUCCUUUCAUUGGUUAUGUUACCCUGGCCUUUGCUUUCAUUGGUUAUGUUACCCUGGCCUUUGCUUUCAUUGGUUAUGUUACCCUGGCCUUUGCUUUCAUUGGUUAUGUUACCCUGGCCUUUGCUUUCAUUGGUUAUGUUACCCUGGCCUUUGCUUUCAUUGGUUAUGUUACCCUGGCCUUUGCUUUCAUUGGUUAUGUUACCCUGGCCUUUGCUUUCAUUGGUUAUGUUACCCUGGCCUUUGCUUUCAUUGGUUAUGUUACCCUGGCCUUUGCUUUCAUUGGUUAUGUUACCCUGGCCUUUCCUUUCAUUGGUUAUGUUACCCUGGCCUUUGCUUUCAUUGGUUAUGUUACCCUGGCCUUUGCUUUCAUUGGUUAUGUUACCCUGGCCUUUGCUUUCAUUGGUUAUGUUACCCUGGCCUUUCCUUUCAUUGGUCAUGUUACCCUGGCCUUUGCUUUCAUUGGUUAUGUUACCCUGGCCUUUGCUUUCAUUUGUUAUGUUAUCCUGGCCUUUGCUUUUUUGCCUUUUUUCCAGUUACAAUAUUUGUCACAUUAAGUCCAGCAACAUAGCACCGUGCGUCCCACUGCUGGUUUCCCUCUGAACCUAAGCAGGGUCGGUCCUGGUCAGUCCCUGGAUGAGAGAUCAGGUAUAGCUGGAAAUUGUGAUAAAUAAAUGUUCACACGUGGGGUAUAUUUUUUCUCUCUCACGUGUUGAAAACGUCACACGUGUCCGAAAACCACGUGUCUCGUGAAAAUGUUUAGAAAAAAAACAAAGAAUCUCACACCGUUUUUUUUCAGCGAUGAUUUUUUCAUAUUUUGUUGUUGUUGUAAGAGUCAGUCAUGAUCUCUGUUUGUUCGUUGUUAGCAGCGUCAGUGGGGGCUGGGACUGGGAGGUCAGACAGACAGCAAGGGGAAUAAGAGACAGCUCAGCAGGGCAACCUUGGCAUGUCUGUCAUCGCAGCGUGCGUGUUACACGGCGAGGUGUCAACAUGUCAGACGUCGUAAGUUUAGAAAGGAUAACAGUCACAUUGUUCCCGUUUCACACAGAGAAGCAUUGUACCCACUUAUACACACACUUCAGUGCAGUCAGCGCAAAGCAAAAUGUUUGGGACAUUGAACGCACCUCAGAUGUCUUUUCCUCUGUUCUUAUUUGAAUAAAGCAGAAGGGGAUAUUUAUUUUAAAUAACGUUAGUCAGUGUUUGCCAAGUUGAACACAGCUCAAAUUGCGCUCCCCCUCUAAGGACAGAGCAGAUGGCAAUACUUCACGUUUACUAACUGUAAACAACGAAGUUGAAUGUAUAUCUGAUGUCUUCCUCAACUCUCCUCUCCUCCCAGGACAGAGCAGAUGAUGAUUGUGGCAGGGGACUACUCUCUGAGUACUUUUGAGGGAACGGAGCAGUACUCCAAGCCUCACAGACUCAUCCCCCAUCCUCUGUACAACAAGACCACCAACAACGCUGACAUCAUGCUCAUCAAGGUACCGGAUACAACCAUAGACAAUUUACAUAUUUACCUACCUUUCAUAUUCAUGUAUAUUAUAACAUCAUUGGAUACAGCCGUUUUAUGAUGUUUGGCCAAGUGAUAGGCCUUGUAUUAGAGUAACUAGGUGUAGUACAUUUGUAAUUACCUUGUAAUAACUUAGUAAGUAUUUCAGUUUAGUUCAGUUCAAUUCUGUUCAGUUCAAUUCAACUCAACUCAACUCACCUCAGUCAAUUCAACUAAACUCAACUCAAUUCAACUCCCCCCUCUAUCUCUUUUCUUCCACCCUGUGCAGCUGAGGGUUCCCAUGGUGAUUGGUAGCUAUGUGUCGCUGGCGCCCCUCCCUCGGCAGGGUACAGGGGUUAUGGCGGGGCGGGUAUGUCGGGUAUCGGGGUGGGGGUACACCUCUCUGGGAGGGGGUCAGAUCCCCUCCACCCUGCUGACUGUCAAGCUGCCCAUCGUGUCAUCGGCCAGGUGCAACAGCAGCGAGUCGUUCAACGGAAACAUCACCUCCAACAUGAUCUGUGCCGGAUACAACGCUGGAGGCAAGGAUGCGUGCAAGGUACUGGACCUGAUAGAUGUAACAGGAUUUUUUGAACACGCCCUAUUGGCCUGUCAGUUCCCACUAGCUGUAUAGUAGGGUAGUUAAGGGUGCGUUCAAGAACCUAUUACAUUAUGCUAUAGUUACACAACACAAUUACGUUUUAAUUUCACAUUUCCUCUCUUCUUGUGAUAGUGACCUACCUUGUGGUGGCCUCAGUAAAAGAGACGUGUUGUCAUGGAAACUGAGUGAGGGUGUGGUGUACCUUGUGGUGUAUCUUGUGGUUUCCAGGGGGAUUCCGGCGGGCCGCUGGUGUGCGAAGGGCGUGUCUACGGUGUGGUAUCCUGGGGAAACGGCUGCGGAGAUGCCAAGUUUCCGGGCGUUUACACGGCGGUGUCCAAGUUCCGGCGGUGGGUCGACAGAACCAUCUACAGCUCCUACAUUCGCUGCCUGAAGUAUUAA